AUGCCAUACUUCGUCUCGGGUUAUUUCGCGGUUGUUCGGUCAAACUGGACACGGAUUCUAUGUGAGGACAGCCCAGAUGGAAACGCCAGUGACCACGUGACUGAUCAGAAGACCUGCUGCAGUGAGAGGAAGGAUUUCAAAGGCAGAUUAGAACCUUCGUUAUCCCAAGAUAACUUGGAUUUCCCGUUCAUUUCAAAUGGAACGUGGAAGCCUGCAUCAUGCAACCCCAUCCAGCACGUUGCCGUCAUCAUCCCGUUCAGAAACAGAGAGGAACAUUUACAUAUAUUACUCCAAAGUAUAGUACCCAUCUUGGUGAAGCAGAAGGUACACUUCCACAUCUUCGUUGCGGAGCAGUACGGGAAUCAAACAUUUAACAAGGGUCGUGUGAUGAACGCAGCUUUCCUAGAGGUGUCUAAAAUGUCGGAUUGCGAUUGCUACAUCUUUCACGAUGUGGACAUGAUUCCUGAAGAUGACCGUAUAAUCUACCUAUGUGAUGAUAGCCCAAAACAUAUGUCCCCUGCUGUCGACGUUUUCAAAUAUAAGUAA